AUUUGUCCUCACUCUGCAAUAACUUGGUAUCCAUGGACGACGACCAUGGCCAUCGCUUUCUUAACAACUUCGUGAUUCUUCUCCUUGCAAUGGGUUUAUCAGCUUUCUUCGUAUCAUUGUGCCAUUUCAUAGCCAUUUGCUUCUGGUACCAACGCAUCACACACCAAAACCCACCGCCGACAGCGACGGCCUCCUCGGCGGUGCAGAUGAUUCCUACACACACGUACCACAGGAAGACAGUUGAUGGCGGUGUGGUUCCCGGCGACGGCGAUGAAUGUGGGACGUGUGUGGUGUGCUUGGGUGAGUUUGAGGAGGGUGAGGAGCUGAGGACGUUACCUGAUUGCAUGCACUGUUUCCACGUGGCAUGUAUUGACACGUGGCUGUGUUCGCAUUCGAGUUGUCCCGUUUGCCGGAGCAUUGCCGCACCGACUUUGGAGCAUGAUUUGAACGAUGCGAAUGAGCACCGCAUACAUAUGACGCAGUUUUCCAUUGUACAAAAUGGCUUUGUGUUACUAGGGUGAGGCUGUGUUCACUUUUAUCAUUUCAAUAAAAUUAUAUUUUCAUUUCUU